AUGACGGGCUUGGCAGGGAUACGUGACGUCAAAUAUGGCCUAGCAAGCAUUUAUGCGAGCAUAGCUCUCAUCCUUGUUCGAACUGUGUACAGGACGGCGGAGCACUACGCCAUGGAGGAGCUUGAUGGUAAGCAGAUCAGAGAUUCAGCGGACAUACCCGUCAUGGUGCGAUACGAGGUGUUCUGUUGUGUUUUUGGUGCCGCAUUCACGCUGGUCCUCUUGGUUAUCUGGAACGUUCUGCACACGAGGUGGUGCCUGCCUGUUGACAACAAGAUGUACAUUGCCCGCGAUGGAGUGAGAAAAGUGAAGGGGCUUGGGUGGCAGGUCCGUCGGUCUAGGUCUGCGAGGGUGAUGAAUCCAUCCGACCGGAUGGGCAUGUGUGGUCGUCGCCAGAGGGAAAAAUGCGAGUUGGAGUGCAUGUGA